UGUUCGGCAGUUUCUGUUCGACAGCUCUCGAGUGCGGUUCCAGCUCUCUGCCCUCAAGCCAACGCAGCACACGGCGGCCAAUCCAAUCGGUAUAAAUAAAUCAGCAAAGUGUGUUUUGUUUUGGAAACCUCUAAUAGACUUCAACCGACACUCGAAAGCAGCUGUCACUUGAACCCAAUCAACGAACGAAUCAACGAAAUAAUAAAUCAGCCACGAAACCAACUACAAUAACAACGAAUACAGCAAUCACUUUUUGGGUGAACAGAUGUUUUGAAUAUCGCCCAAAAAUCGCGACUAAUCCUGGCAAGGACUGUGUGCAUAACGCGUCAAUAGCACCGCGAUAAAGUGAAGUUUUUUACUGUGUAAAAGAAAGUUGCGGAAAUCAAACGAUACAACGGAAGCAGGACGAGAUACCCCAAAUCGAAAAGUAACCUGCGGUCGAGUUAAAACACAAGAACAAGGAUCAGGGACCCUGCGCCCGGGUGCGUAAGAUUCGUCCAAUCAACAUGGGCGGCAACGUGGAGCAGCGUCCUUGGACUCCAACUGUCAGGAUUGGCAGGAUCGCCGCCGAGACCACCAAUCCAGGUCCAGCCACCGUGCAGCUUCCAACCUUGAUCGGCAGCAAAGUUCCGGACUCGAAGAAGAAGGCCGCUCCCUCGUACUCCUUCGGGCACAAGUUGGGCGGCAAGUACGACACCUCCGGACCGGGUCCGGCGCAGUACAAUGUCACGGGUAUGCGGGCCAAGGGACGUGACUAUCCCCGUGCAGCCACGCUGCAGAGCAGGCCCAAGGAACUGACGCGCUUCUCGAAUCCCGGACCAGGGGAAUACGAUGUGGUGCCGGCGGCCAAGGCGGUGAUCGAUGCCACGCCCAAGUACACCUUUGGCCAGCGGCCGGUGGCGUUGAAAACCUUUCAGAUACCAGGUCCCAACCAUUAUCAAGUGGUGCCACUUGAUGUCGUCAAGCGGCGUGCCCCACGAUACUCCUUUCGCAUUAAGGUUAACGUGUAUUUGGUUAACAAUCCAGCUCCGAAUAGCUAUUGCCCUGAAAGGGUCACGCAAUCAAAAAAGAAUGCGCCACGCUACACUUUCGGUAGACGAACUAAAAUCGAACACGAUCAGGGCACACCAGCUCCUGGCGCAUAUUGUCCGGAGAAGGUGAAGCUCAACAAGACGCCCGAGUUCAGUUUCGGCAUCAAGCACCACGAACAGAGACCAGAUUACACGCCAGCGCCUGGCACCUACAAGCCCGAGCAGGUGGUCCUUGAACACAUGCCCGCCUACAGCUUCGGCUUGAAAACCAAGCACGUCCAUGUCAGCGACACUCCAGCACCCGGUGCCUACAGCCCCGAAAAGUCCCGGCUGCACUCCACACCCGCGUAUUCAAUCGCCGGAAAGGCCUCCCACGACGUGGUCGAUUGCACACCAGCACCCGGAGCAUACGAACCCGAGAAGUGCGUCCUGAGCAGGACGCCAGCCUUCAGCUUUGGCCACCGCGCCGAGCUCGCCAAGUCCAGUGACACGCCCGCGCCGGGCACCUACAAUCCGGAGAAGGUGCGCAUGGACCAUACGCCCGCAUUCACCCUAUCCGGCCGUCCGGAAACGAGAUCCGUCAGCGAGACUCCGGCGCCCGGUUCGUAUGCCCCGGAAAAGUAUCGCAACGAUCGUACGCCGGCCUUCACCUUCGGCGGUAAGCACGAGCAGCGACUCGAGAGCUCCACUCCGGCACCGGGCGACUACUGUCCCGAAAAAGUGCGGCACGAUCACAAUCCCGCUUUCUCAUUCUCCGGCCGCCACGAUCUGCACAAGCCCAGUGACACGCCCGCUCCGGGCGCCUACUCUCCGGAGAAGGUGCGACAAGAUCACACUCCUGCCUUCUCCAUGGCCGGGAAGUACACUCAAAAGGUGUCCAGCGACAGUCCGGCACCUGGGGACUACUGUCCCGAGAAGGUCCGCCUGGACCACACUCCCGCCUACAGCUUUGGCGUGAAGAGUGAUCCAAAGGUAGAGAAUAGCACUCCGGCGCCGGGUGAUUAUCACCCCGAAAAGGUUAGGCAGGAUCACAAUCCCGCGUUCUCAUUCGGCGGUCGUCCCGAGCUUCAGAAACCAGAUUACACUCCCGCACCUGGAGCCUACUUCCCGGAGAAAGUAAGGCUGGACCACAAUCCAGCUUUCUCCAUGGCGGGCAAGCAUGAUUCUAAGAUUAGCAGUGACACACCUGCUCCUGGUGACUAUAGCCCCGAGAAAGUCAGGCAAGACACUAACCUAGCGUACUCCUUUGCUGGCCGUCAUGAUCUCCACAAGCCCAGCGAAACUCCCGCACCAGGUGCCUACUCGCCGGAGAAGGUGAGGCUGGAUCACAAUCCAGCUUUCACGAUGGCUGGCAAGUACGAUCAGAAGAUCUUGAACGGCACUCCGGCGCCGGGAGACUACAGUCCCGAGAAGUGUAGAUUGGACCACACACCCGCCUACAGUUUUGGGGGUAAGAAUGAUCCCAAAGUAGAAAACCACACCCCGGCUCCAGGGGAUUACCAUCCGGAGAAGGUGAGGCUGGACCACAAUCCAGCGUUCUCCUUUGCCGGACGCCAUGACCUUCAUAAGCCCAGUGAUACUCCUGCUCCAGGAGCCUACUCGCCCGAGAAGGUACGUCAAGAUCAUAACCCAGCAUUUUCCAUGGCUGGCAAGCCGGUUGAAAAGCUGACUAAUGGUACACCAGCUCCCGGAGAUUACUGCCCGGAGAAAGUGCGCUUAGACCAUACUCCGGCCUACACUUUCGGUGGCAAAAACGAUCCGAAAGUGGAGAACAAUACUCCUGCUCCCGGGGACUAUCACCCCGAAAAAGUCAGGCAAGAUCAUAACCCAGCGUUCUCCUUUGCUGGUCGCCAUGAUCUCCACAAGCCAAGUGAUAAUCCCGCCCCUGGUGCCUACUGUCCGGAGAAGGUCCGUCAGGAUCACAAUCCGGCCUUCUCAAUGGCGGGUAAGCACAGUCAAAAGGUCGCCAACGACACUCCAGCUCCGGGCGAUUACAGUCCGGAAAAGGUGCGUCUAGAUCACACACCUGCCUAUACCUUUGGGGGAAAGAAUGAUCCCAGAGUGGAGAACAACACCCCAGCUCCAGGUGAUUAUCAUCCCGAGAAAGUCAGGCAAGAUCAUAACCCAGCAUUCUCCUUCGCUGGCCGUCAUGAUCUCCAAAAACCUAGCGACACUCCUGCUCCUGGAGCCUAUUUUCCUGAAAAAGUCAGACAGGAUCAUAAUCCUGCCUUCACAAUGGCUGGCAAGCAUGAUCCUAAGGUUUCCAAUGAUACUCCUGCCCCGGGCGACUACAGUCCCGAGAAGGUGCGUCUAGAUUACACACCUUCCUUCACCUUUGCUGGUAAAAAUAUUCCCAAAAUUGAGAACGAUACCCCAGCUCCAGGUGACUAUCAUCCCGAGAAGGUUAGACAAGAUCACAAUCCUGCCUUUUCCUUUGCGGGUAGGCACGAUCUUCAGAAGCCCAGUGACACUCCUGCUCCAGGAGCAUACUCGCCGGAGAAGGUGAGGCAAGAUCACAAUCCCGCAUUCUCCAUGGCUGGUAAGCACAUUGAGAAGAUUACCAAUGGCACGCCAGCUCCAGGUGACUACUGUCCCGAGAAGGUUCGUUUAGAUUACACUCCCUCUUUCACAUUUGGGAGCAAGAAUGACCCUCGGGUGGAGAACAACACACCGGCGCCAGGAGAUUACCAUCCCGAAAAGGUUAGGCAAGAUCAUGUACCCGCAUUUUCCUUCGCCGGCCGUCAUGACCUCCAGAAGCCCAGUGAGACUCCUGCUCCCGGAGCUUACUCCCCCGAGAAAGUUAGGCAAGAUCACAAUCCCGCCUUUACAAUGGCCGGCAAGCAUGACCCAAAGGUGACCAAUGAGACCCCGGCACCAGGUGACUACAGUCCCGAGAAGGUAAGGCUAGAUCACAAUCCCGCCUUCUCCUUCGCCGGUCGCCACGACCUGCAGAAGCCGAGUGAAACGCCCGCACCCGGAGACUACUUCCCGGAGAAGGUCAGGCAGGACUUCAACCCGGCGUUCACCUUCGCCGGCAAACACGAUCCCAGAUCGCUGAGUGAAUCACCCGCUCCCGGCGACUACAGCCCUGAGAAGGUGCGACUGGACCAUGCACCCGCUUUCAGCUUUGGCGGCAAGCACGACCCCAAGGCGGAGCACCUUCAUCCCGCGCCAUGCGACUACGCCCCCGAGAAAGUGCGUCUCGACCAUACACCCGCCUACACCAUUGCAGGUCGUCCAGCCGCCGAUCCCGUGAGCCAGACGCCGGCUCCCUGCGACUACCAUCCGGAGCAGUGCCAGGUGGACAGCACGCCAGCGUUCACCUUCGGCAUGCGACUGGGAAGGGAACGUUUCUCCGAUACGCCAGCACCCUCCGCUUACGAGCCGGAAAAGCACUCACUGCACUUCACACCCGCCUACAGCUUCGGCACCAAGUCGGAUAUCCGCGUGACCACCGAUGCCCCAGCACCUGGUCACUAUCAUCCGGAGCAGUGCAGGCUGGACAGCUCGCCAGCCUACAGCUUUGGCCUGAAGACCGUGCCCACUGCUUCGCUUCCAGAACCCAGAGGCGCGUACAUCGAAGAUCGCAUUGUGCAAAGACGCGAACGCCGUCUGGCCAGUCCUGUACGCAACAACGCGGAAUGCACCACCACAACUACCAACAACAACAACGCUGGUAGCAGCACCACCACAACCACCAACCACACCAACAACAAUGCUGGCAGCAGCAGCACCACCACCACAACAACCACCACCACCACAAAGACCUUCAUAAACGGAGUGGAGCAGCCGGAGCUGCAGAAGAAGGAGACCACCAAGCAGGUGAAUGGCACCCACAAGGAGCUUAAGUCCGCACCACCAGCACCACUGAGCAAUGGCAAUGUCGUUUCCAAUGGCAACCACUCGAAGAUGGUCAGCACCACCACCAGGAUGCAGGAAGUUGCCCACGCACAAAAGGAGAGUGGCAACCUGAAGGUGGUGGCCAGCGGUAAGUCGGAUGCCAGUGCCACCAAGGCGGCGGCCGUGAGCCACCAGACUGUGGUGCAUGCGGAUGGCGCCAUCGUGAGCAGUGGCCAAUCCUCCAGGAUGCAGACGGUCAAGUACGCUGUGGAGGCGAGCAGCGUGCAGGAGAAGAUUAUCAGCUCCUAAUGUCUACAAAAUACCCACCGUCAUGGGCAGCAGCAAGGAGGGCAAGAUUCGCUCGGCUCCGGCCUACACGAUUACGGGUCGCGAGAAGCCUCCGCUGAUUCCGGUCAUGAUCUUCCCCGGACCCGGUUACUACG